AUUCUCCUGCAGAGCCUCCGGAAAAGCCAGUCCAGCUGACACUUUGAUUUUAGCCUAAUGAGAUCCAUGUAGAGCUUCUGCCUUACAGAACUGUAACACUUUGGAGCUGUUUUAAGCCAUUAAGUUUGUGGUAACUGGUUACAAUAGCCAUAAGAAAUUAAUACAGGCCCAUUCAGGCUAAUCUAGUUCAAUGAAAUGUCCUACAGUACAUUAACAUGUGCGGAAACCAUUUUUGUAUUAAUCUUUGCGCAAUAUCUGUAAAAGUAUUACAUGAGUAGUCCCCAUUAAUUCCUGAGUGGUACGCUGCUCUGAAGAUCCUUCCCAAAAUAGCCCUAUGGUUUGCUAAGUGUUUUCCCAAAAUGUGUUACACAAACCACUGGUACAUGGAAAAAACCCUUUUACCGCAUUUAUACCUUUAUCUUGAACUUAGGCAUGUGUCACAUGUUUUGUAUUCACUUAUUUAUGAUUUACACCAUUUUAGUGUAAGACUAGGAAAACAUGCCUCUCGUGGGUGUCCUGACGUCGGUGUCCACACGGUUAGGGUGGCACUGCAGAAGGGAACUGUUCGCUUUCUCAAGUUCCUAGGCAGCUGGAAACACGACGAGUAAACCAAAUGCGUAAUAUAAGCCAGAGAGUUACGAUCUCCGGGACGACAGUCUCCUGCUGGGUCGUCACCUUUCUUCCCCGUUCUUAUAAGACCCACAGUUAGGUCCAAGCCCACGAACAAACCUUCCUGCCUCUCUCGGAAGCCACAAGCUCUUCCCCGGGCCCAGCGAUACCAAAUCUCGCGAUAUUUGCAACUAUCGCGGAUCUUUGUGUUACAGGCCUCCUAGAGGAAAGACGCCCGAAGAUCGCUCCGCCCCUUGAACCAAGAUUUUGGUUCUCGUGAGAUCUCGAUGACAGUUCGGAAGCCCGUUCUCGCGGGAUUUUCCGAGUCCGGGUUGGAAGUUGCAGUGGGCUGCAAGGGAGGCCCGAUACUGAGAGUGAGGGUAAGGGGGAGAUUUGCCCGCCGGUUGUCCUUCUCCCCCGGCUAGGUGAGCGCCUCUUGCCAGCUUCCGGCUCUGAUGCAGUCUCGGACGCCACCGUCCCGUAUCCCUGGACCACCUCAAGCUCCACAUUUGCUCUCUCUUCUCCCGUGACGUCGGGCUUCGGGGGAGCGAUGUACGGAGGGAGGCUGGAGGUGGAGUUGGUCGCCGUCCGCCCGCCCCCCUCCUCCUCCUCGCCGUCCUCCGCCGCCUGUCAGGUGUUAAAUGCAACCAGGCUGCCAGGCCCCUCCCCCUGGGCAGAUGGAUCCCUCUGCCCCGAAACCCCGCGCGGAAACCACCAGCAAAGCUAUAUGGCAUCCAGGAGAAAGAUGUCUUGCCCCGUCUCCAGAUAAUGAAAAACUUUGUGAAGCAAGCAUAAAAUCUAUCACAAUGGAUGAAAAUGGCGAGUCAUUUGCAGUCAUCUUAUAUUCAGAUUUUCAAGAAAGGAAAGUGCCUCUUAAAAGACUUCAAGAAGUAAAAUCUGUUAAAGAGUACUCUAGGAAUUUUAUAUUUGAUGAUGAAGAUUUGGAAAAACCUUAUUUCCCAGACCGGGAAUUUCCAUCAUCUGCUGUUGCUUUUCAAUUAUCUGAAGAUGGAGCCUCUAUUCCUUAUACUAUUAAUAGGUAUUUGAGAGACUACCAACGGGAAGGAGCCCAGUUUCUCUAUGGACACUUCAUCCAAGGAAGAGGGUGUAUUCUUGGUGAUGACAUGGGACUUGGAAAAACAGUACAGGUUAUUUCAUUUUUGGCUGCAGUUUUGGGUAAAAAAGGAACUCGUGAAGAUAUUGAAAAUAAUAUGCCAGAGUUUUUACUAAGAAGUAUGAAAAAGGAAGCUCCUUCUUCUGCAGCAAAAAAGCUAUUCUUAAUAGUUGCUCCUCUUUCUGUUCUCUACAACUGGAGGGAUGAAUUGGACACCUGGGGAUAUUUCAGAGUUACUAUUUUACAUGGUAACAAAAAAGAUAAUGAACUGAUUCGUGUAAAGCAGAGGAAAUGCGAGAUUGCUCUAACAACUUAUGAAACACUGCGCUUAUGUCUGGAUGAACUUAACAGUUUGGAAUGGUCAGCUGUCAUUGUAGAUGAAGCUCAUAGAAUCAAGAAUCCAAAGGCUAGAAUAACAGAAGUUAUGAAAGCUUUAAAAUGUAAUGUCCGAAUUGGCCUCACUGGAACCAUUCUUCAGAACAACAUGAAAGAAUUGUGGUGUGUUAUGGACUGGGCUGUGCCAGGACUUUUAGGUAGUGAGAUCCACUUCAAGAAGCACUUUUCUGACCCAGUAGAACAUGGUCAGAGACACACAGCAACAAAAAGAGAACUAGCUACUGGCCGAAAGGCCAUGCAAAGACUUGCAAUAAAGAUGUCUGGAUGGUUUCUCAGGCGUACCAAGAUUCUAAUCAAAGAUCAGUUGCCUAAGAAGGAAGACCGGAUGGUGUAUUGUUCUCUGACAGAUUUUCAGAAAGCUGUCUAUCAAACAGUGUUAGAAACAGAAGAUGUGUCUUUGAUACUUCAGUCUUCUGAGCCUUGUCCCUGCAGUAGUGGCCAAAAAAGGAGAAAUUGUUGUUAUAAGACCAAUUCACAUGGCGAAUCAGUGAAAACCUUGUAUUUCAGUUACCUCGCAGUCCUUCAGAAGGUAGCUAACCACGUCGCAUUACUACAGGCCGCUAGCACCUCCAAGCAACAGGAAACACUUAUCAAAAGGAUAUGUGAUCAAGUAUUUUCCAGAUUCCCAGAUUUCGUGCAGAAAAGCAAAGAUGCAGCCUUUGAAACACUUUCUGACCCAAAAUACAGUGGAAAAAUGAAGGUUCUUCAGCAGCUUUUAAAUCAUUGCAGGAAAAACAAAGAUAAAGUUCUUCUUUUCUCCUUUUCCACCAAGUUGCUUGAUGUGCUGCAACAAUACUGCAUGGCGUCUGGGCUUGAUUACCGACGACUUGAUGGAAGUACAAAGUCAGAGGAAAGAAUCAAGAUUGUGAAAGAGUUCAACAGCACACAAGAUGUUAAUAUUUGCCUUGUCUCCACAAUGGCUGGUGGACUAGGCCUCAAUUUUGUUGGUGCCAAUGUGGUUGUGCUAUUUGAUCCUACUUGGAAUCCAGCCAAUGAUCUUCAAGCAAUUGACAGAGCAUAUAGGAUUGGGCAAUGCAGAGAUGUCAAAGUGCUUAGGCUGAUAUCCUUGGGAACUGUGGAGGAGAUCAUGUACUUACGGCAGUUAUACAAGCAGCAACUUCACUGUGUGGUGGUUGGAAGUGAAAACGCCAAGCGAUAUUUUGAAGCAGUUCAAGGAUCAAAAAAGCAUCAAGGAGAGCUUUUUGGGGUCUAUAAUCUCUUCAAACUAAGGUCCCAAGGGUCUUGUCUUACAAGGGACAUUUUGGAGAGAGAAGGCCAGGUGGAAGCGGGCGUCAUGACAGCUUCAACAUGGUUGAAAGAGGAACCUCCAGUACACAAACCAGAAACUGCUAGGAAGCCUGACGGUCCGGAACACAGAGGUCCAGAACAACUUGCAGAACCACUGGCAAAAGAAGCAUGUGACUUCUGCAGUGAUUUCAGUGAAGAUGAAUUGGGAAACUCAAUAGUAAAGACUGCUAAAAACAAAGCAUCCGACUCAAAUAAAACGUCAGGUUCUCCUGGACAGCUUACUUUACUCCAGUGUGGUUUCUCCAAAUUGUUUGAGACAAAAUAUAAAGCAGUUGAGGAUAGUGAUGGAGAUACUGCCUCUGACGAUGAAAGUUCUGAUGAACAGCCCACAUGCCUUUCAACAGAAGCGAAAGAUGCUGGUUGUCAGAAAAGUCAAGGCUCUCUUGGUAUUUCAAAACCUCGGAGAUUAGCUAGCCCCCUAAAUCCAAGUGAAAAAUGUAUUUUGGGUAAAAGUGAGAAGAUUUUAGAACAGAAUGUUUCUUCUGAGUCUGAUGAUGAGAAAAUUUGUAAAAAUCCAGCUGACCGCCACUGCAUUUUACAGAAUAUCAGUGACUCAGAAGAUAGUGAUGUCAUCCUUCCCACGCAAUAUACACCUCAGGAAUUCCCUAAGAAGAAUAUAAGGUUUAAGCUACCUGUGCAUGGCUCUGAAGACUCUGAAACAGAAAACCCUGUAAAAGUAAAAAAUAAUGGUGAUGAUAGAAGGACCAGUGUCAGAGGAAAUGGACUAAUUUCAAAACACUCAAAUCCUGAGAAUCCAGCCCUGAACUCUAUCACGAAAAGAAAAGGCAGUAGUGAUAUUAGUGACGAAUCCGAUGACAUUGAACUUGCCUCCACGUCAAAAGUAAGAAAGCAGAGAGCUACUAGUUCUCUGAGGUUUAAGAGAAAAAAGGAAGAUAAAAGGGAACUUUAUACUUUUCCGAAAACACUGAGGAAGACAAACCGACUGUGUGCAGCAGAUCAAGAGUGUAACUCUCAGGCUAUUGAUGAGUUUUCAUCCUCAGAUGACGACUUAUCUGUUGGCCAUGUCAGUCUCUCUAAACAGAACCACAGACUAAAAACUGUGGAGGACAAAAUCAGUUUCUCUUCAAAAUUAACUAGCCAUAAGAAAAACAACACUUCCAUACCAAGAGAACCCAUGAAAUUUUCAAAUGAGAGCACUGUCAGUCAAGAGCAGAUGUGUGAAUCAAUGGAUAAGUUUUUAGAUGGUGUUCAGGAAGUGGCUUACAUUCACUCAAACCAGAAUGUGAUUGGAUCAAGCAAAGCUGAAAAUCACAUGAGCCGAUGGGCAGCACGCGAUGUAUUUGAAUUGAAGCAGUUUUCCCAGCUUCCCGCAAACGUGGCCAUUUGCACUUCUAAGGAAGAACGUAGGGCACGUAAGGUAAAAGUGAAGGGAGACACAUUAACACAAACAAAGGAAUGUCAACAACCAAAUGAAGGAGCCAUUUCCUUUCCCCUUUACAUCUCACACCCCGUCAGCCAGAAGAAGAAGAAAGUCUACCGGACAGACCAGACUACCUUCAUUAUUGGAGAAACACCAAAAGGUAUCCGAAGGAAACAAUUUGAAGAAAUGGCUUCCUACUUUAAGAUGUCUUCUGUAAAGGAAUUUGCUAACCAGAUAACUAAUGCCACAUCAGAAGAACGACAGAACAUGCUAAGAGACUUUUAUGCUUCUCAGUAUCCAGAAGUAAAGGAAAUUUUGGUGGCUUCUCCUUCGCAAUUCAUUAAAGAUGCCUCUGGGGAAAGAGAGAGAGUCAGGAAUAAGUCUGAAAAUAGAGAAUCUCUUGCAGAAGAAAGGCUGUCAGAUUCUGAAACUUUGUCGUUUAAAAAUUCUACCCAAAGACAGUUACAAAUUUGCAGCCCAAAAAUAUAUAAAGAAAAAUCAAUUAAGUUUCGGAAUCACAGUUUCCGUAGAGAAGAAGUCCUUUCUAAAGAUGUGGAAACAAAAAAAUUACCUAUAAGCUCUACCCAAGAGACUACCAAUGGGAAAAACAGCCAAGCUUCCAAAGAUCCUGUAGCAUCCUGUUCCCUGAGUAGUAAGUCUGGAGCAUAUGAGUUAGAAAAGGUAGAAGAUACCCUGAAAGACCAACAGGACCUCACAGAAUUGAGUGUUUCAAGAAAUGGACCCCUUUUCAAAGGGGAAAACAAGAAGAUAGGAAGUCCAGCGUUAGAAAAGCCUUCUGUGGCAGGUUUGCUUGGUGAUACCUCUAUUCUGGAUGACCUCUUUAAAAGUCAAGGGAACAGUCCCACAAGACUGCCAAAGAAAGUUCUUUCAGGGCCCACGGAGAAAGCAAAACAGAGACCAAAAGAUGUCUGGGACAUCCUGAAUGAGCAGAAUGACGACAGUCUCAGGAAACUCACCGACUUGGCAGUAAUAGAGACUCUUUGUGAAAAAGUGCCCUUGGCCUCAUCCUCCAAAAGGAAAGAGGAUCCCGAAGCUUCUCUUUGGAAAUCAAAUGAGAAAUUUCUGUGGAAAAAAUUUAACUCAAGUGCUUCAGAUGAAAACACAGCUAAGACACAAGAGUAAUACAUACACAUACAAAUGAAUUACUACAGCCAAUGAACUUCUGCUGUUAAUGUUUACAACACUAAUUAUGUUAUAUAUUUGUCAACAUACAUUUUUAAUAAACUCUUGCUUUAGGGUUUUUUGCAGGGUUUUUGUUGUUGUUGUUGUUGUUUUUUCUUUUUUGGCCACCCCAUGGCAUAUGGAGUUCCUGAGCCAGAGAUCAGAUCCCAGCCACAGUCGUAGCCAGCCUAUGCCACAACUACAGCAAUGCCAGAUUCUUUAAUCCACUGUGCCAGACCAGGGAUCAAACCCGCAUCCUGGUGCUGCAGAGAUGCUUUCAAUCCUGUUGAGCCACAGCAGGAACUCCUAGGGAUUUUUUUUUUUUUUUUAAGUUUAAAAAUGUUAUCAUGUAUUUGUUUUCUUUGAUACCUGAUUUGGUUGUGUGUUUUUUUUUUUUAAUAUGAUUGUGUUGUAGUAUAAACCUCUGUUAUGAAAUGGAAAAGAUUCUAGAUUUGUUAUCAGGAGACCUGGGGCAUUUCGGUUAUUGUGUAAUUAUGUGAUCUUAAGUAAAUAAUUUAGCCUGGUGUGUAGUCAUUUCUUGAUAUGAAAUAUGAAAGGUUUGAACUUGAUCAACAGGAGUGUCCUUCCAAUUUAAAAAAGGUUUGGUUCACUCUCCCGGAUUCCAUUAAGUCAUAGGCCAAAUUAUGCUCAGUCCCCAAAUCAAGAUUAUACUGAUGUGUUUCUUUUUUACUAGCAUUUGAAAAAUUAUUAACUGUUUUCCUUUUCCCUCAGUGUCAUGUGCUACAAUUAUGAAAUUAUUUAUAUAAAAGUAAUAACUAGUACUGAAUAUAUGAUGUGUAUUAAAAAAGUAAGUUUAUGGAGUUCCCAUUGUGGCACAGCGGAAACGAAUCUGACUAGUAUCCAUGAGGAUGCAGGUUCGAUCCCUGGCCUCGCUCAGUGGGUUAAGGAUCCGGCGUUGCCAUGAGCUGUGGUGUAGGUUGCCGACAGGGCUCGGAUCCUGCAUUGCUGUAGCUGUGGUGUGGGCUGGUGGUUACAGUUCCGAUUCGGCCUGGGAACCUCCAUAUGCCUUGGGUGUGGCCUUAAAAAGCAAAAAAAAAAAAAGUUUAUAAGUGCUCAAAAUCAAAGGGUUAAUGUUGAACAACUUUAUCUGACGCUGAAGUAAUACAAUUAUUAUCAUUCGCCACAGAACACCAGUGCCUCAGCUUUUUAUACAACUAUAUAAAGCUUUGCAUAGUACUUUUGUAUUUCUUAAGUAUGAAGAAAGGAGUGAACAUUUGAUUUUUUUUAAUUGUUGUAUUUUAUUGAAUUUAAUUUAUAUGGUUUAUAACCAAUGGAACAUGCUCAUUGUUGAGUGCACUUAGUUGGAAACCUAGCCUGUGUGUGCACCAUGCUAGGUGCCAGGGGUGUAUAGGUGAGGCUCUGCUACCAGGAAAACAAAGGAGCCUUGUCUGUAAAGAGUCGAGUCUGUUUUAAAGCCCCUGGCACAUGAUAGCAGGACCUGAGGCUUCUGCUGACCCACACACAGAUAGAGUGUGACAGCUUUCCUUCAGUUGAGCUCCUCAGGCUAUGCUAGGAGGACCUGUCCAGAAGAUAGCAGUGAAUCAGGAAAUGGUGAUGCUCAGAAAUCGCUUUGAAUUGGGACUGAGAUGGGGGGAGAGGGUCUUUGGAGUACCCAGCCAUUGCAGAGUAGAGCCAUUGCUCAGAAAUGGGGAAAAAAAAAAGCAAAGAAAAUUUUUUUCUCAAGGGACUGAAUGGCCAAGUAUGUUUUUCUUUAGAGCAAGGUUGAGGGCUGUGAAGUAUAUUUUCAUGACCCAGUACAUAUGUGUUAAUACAUAUAUGAAUGAAAUAAAGUGUUUAUGAAAUACUAUUUAA